CUUGAUCUCACAAAUGCACAAUAAAACACUUAUGCUAGAUUGAAAGAAAUUGUGUGUGAUGGAUAAUUUUAAUCCCUCUCUUAACUCUUGUAGUUGUGUACUUGUGUUUCGAAUUUCAAAGGAAUUGAAGUGAAUGAAUGGCGCUUCUUGUUCUUAGACCUCGUUGUUUUCCUCAUCGUCUUCUCAUGGCUGCUGCUUCAUCUUCUCGAUUCCCUUCUUCUCCCUCUUUACUUCACUCUUACCCUUCUUUUACCCCCUCUUAUCCCAUUACUUACAGGGUGAAUUUUAGAUUGAAGAGGGUUUCAAAUAGUUCAGUGGUUAGAAAUGUGGGAUUUCCCAAAGCAUUUAUGUCUUCCAGUACUGCUGCUGAACUUUCUCAGGCAGGCAAAGGUUCAAAGUCUUAUGGUUCUGAGCAAAUUCAGGUUUUGGAGGGUUUGGAUCCUGUAAGAAAAAGACCCGGGAUGUAUAUUGGAAGCACAGGCCCUCGUGGUUUGCAUCACUUGGUUUAUGAAAUACUUGAUAAUGCAGUUGAUGAAGCACAAGCAGGAUUUGCGUCAAAGAUAGACGUUGUCUUGUUUGCUGAUAACUCUGUGAGCAUCACUGACAAUGGACGUGGGAUUCCUACUGAUGUGCAUCCUGCGACCAAGAAAUCAUCUUUGGAGACUGUCUUGACGGUCUUACACGCGGGUGGAAAAUUUGGUGGUUCAAGUAGUGGGUACAGUGUGUCUGGAGGUUUGCAUGGUGUGGGUUUAUCAGUUGUCAAUGCACUAUCCGAGGUUCUAGAAAUUACAGUUUGGCGGGAUGGAAUGGAGUACAAGCAGAAAUAUUCCCGUGGAAAGCCUUUGACAGACUUGUCAUGUCAGGUGCUUCCACCCAAUUCUGAAGAUCGCCAAGGAACGUGUAUCAGGUUUUGGCCUGAUAAGGAAGUGUUCACUACUGAAAUACAAUUUGAUUAUGACACUAUAGCUGGACGGGUCAGAGAGCUUGCCUUUCUGAAUCCAAAGCUAACCAUUGUGCUUAGCAAGGAAAGUGAGGACCCUGAGAAGAAUCAGUAUAAUGAGUAUUACUAUGCUGGUGGGUUGGUUGAAUAUGUGAAAUGGCUUAAUACUGAUAAGAAACCAAUUCAUGACGUCGUUGGGUUUCAUAAGGAAGUGGAUGGUGUAGCUGUUGAUGCAGCUUUACAGUGGUGUGCCGAUGCAUAUUCAGAUACAAUAUUGGGAUAUGCCAAUAGCAUACGCACAAUUGAUGGUGGCACACACAUUGAAGGUUUUAAGAUGUCAUUGACCAGAACUCUAAACAAUUUGGCAAAGAAAUCAAAGGCUAACAAGGACAAAGAAUUAACUUUGAGUGGUGAACAUCUAAGGGAAGGAUUAACUUGUGUCAUUUCCGUUAAAGUGCCAAAUCCCGAGUUUGAAGGACAGACUAAGACAAGAUUAGGAAAUCCCGAGGUUCGUAAGGUUGUUGAUCAAUGUGUACAAGAUUAUCUUUUGGAGUACUUGGAGUUGCAUCCUGAUGUUUUGGAUAACAUCCUUUCAAAAGCUUUGAAUGCUCUGAAGGCUGCUCUGGCUGCCAAAAGGGCGAGGGAGCUAGUGAGGCAGAAGAGUGUCCUCAGGUCAUCCUCUCUUCCUGGAAAACUUGCUGAUUGCUCUGCCACAAAUCCCGACGAAGCAGAAAUUUUUAUUGUUGAGGGAGAUUCAGCUGGUGGAAGUGCUAAACAAGGCCGGGAUAGACGCUUUCAAGCUAUCCUCCCCUUGAGAGGUAAAAUUUUAAAUGUUGAGAAGCGGGAUGAUGCCGCCAUGUAUAAGAAUGAAGAGAUUCAAAACCUAAUCCUUGCUCUAGGACUCGGAGUUAAGGGUGAAGAAUUCAAAAAGGAAGAUCUUCGUUAUCACAAGAUUAUUAUCUUAACUGAUGCUGAUGUUGAUGGUGCUCAUAUUCGAACUUUAUUGUUAACAUUUUUCUACAGAUAUCAGAAAUCCUUAUUUGAUGAAGGCUACAUCUAUGUGGGUGUUCCUCCCCUGUACAAGGUUGAAAGGGGGAAACAGGCAUACUAUUGUUACGAUGAAGCUGAACUUAAAAGCCUCCAGCGCAGCUUUCCUUCGAACGCUUCAUACAAUAUUCAGAGAUUUAAAGGGUUGGGUGAGAUGAUGCCUGCUCAACUGUGGGAGACGACAAUGGAUCCAGAAAGUCGAUUACUGAAACGAUUGACAGUAGAUGAUGCAGCUCAGGCAAAUUAUGUUUUCUCCUCUCUUAUGGGGGCUCGGGUUGAUGGGCGGAAGGAGCUUAUAAAGAAUUCAGGAAAUAUUAUCAACCUCGAACAGUUAGAUAUAUAAGAACUAUGUGAUGUGGAAAUACGCUGAUUACACCUUCCUACACGGGACAUGGUUUUACUACCUGAAGCUCUUCAUAAGGCCAUCAAAGAUCGUUUAAGACAUCAACCCAGCAGGGUAGUCGAAGCUAGUUUUCACUGUUUUUCCUCUUUUUCAGGUAGGAUUGUAGUGGUAGGCGCCAGAGGGUAUGCAUGUCCCAUGGUUUUUCCGAAACAUUGCUGCGGUGCCAUGACUUCGCUUAGAAUUUAGGAGUACUCAAGAAUCUGAUUGUUUUUGAAGACACGAAAUUCGUAGUUCGAUCGUUUUCGUUUUUAUGUAUAGUUUUAUUACGGUUAGGCUCAUUUUAAUUAACGUAAUCUUUUGAAACAAUUUAUUAAAGAACAUAUUAUGUGUAGAAAGGAUGCUGCAAUAUGUGCUUUUUAUUUUUUUAUCUGUUGAAGGACUAGUAUUGUAUGCCAAAUAUAUUCCAUUCAGGAAGAUAUCUAUAAUGUUCCAUA